AUGGCUCCCGUGACCUCCAUGGCCGUCAAGGCCGCCCUCCUCCUUCUCCCCUUUGCCUCCGCGGCCACCAACUGCUCUUACACCCGUAACGGCCUUACCUGGUCCCGCGGGCUCCGCAUGAACCAGAUUCAGGUCGUCGGCACCCAUAACUCCUAUCACCGCGAGGCGCCACUCGAAGAGCACCCCACGCAGGCCACCAUCCUCCCCAACGUGCAAAACUACUACUACUCGCACCCGGCCCUGGACGUUCAGGCGACGUACCAGUCCAUCCGAAACUUUGAGCUCGACAUCUUCGCAGACCCCGAAGGCGGGCACUAUGCUUCCCACCUUAUCCGCCAGCUGGCGAACCUGUCCACAACCCCGGACCCGGACCUGCAGCAGCCCGGGAUCAAGGUACUCCACGUCGCCGACGCGGACUACCACACCACCUGCAAGACCUUCAUCGGCUGCCUGAACAUUGUCAAGGCGUGGAGCAAGGCGCACCCCGACCAUGUCCCCAUCCCCUUCAUGAUCGAGUUCAAGACCACCGAGGCAGCUAUAGCCGCGGCGGGCGGCGCGUCGCAGAUCCCCUGGAACGACACCAAGCUGCUCCAGGGCCUGGACGACGAGAUCCGCAGCGUCUUCGCCCCCGAGGACCUCGUCACCCCCGACGACAUCCGCAGGGGCAACUUGACCCUGGAGCAGUCUGUCCUCCAGCACGGCUGGCCCGAUCUCGAGAGCGCCCGCGGACGCGUCCUGUUCCUCAUGGACAACGGCCCCGUCCACCCCGUCCGCGACGCCUACACCGAGGGCAGACCCAACCUCGAAGGCCGCGUCCUCUUCACCAACUCCGCCCCCGGCGAAUCCGACUGCGCAUUCCAAAAGCUCAACGACCCCACCGGCACCGAGCAGGCCAACAUCCAGGCCCAGGUCAAGGCGGGAUACUGGGUCCGAACCCGCGCCGACGUGCCCCUCGAUACCUUGUUCGCCGACGACGUGACGGCCAUGCGCGAGGCCGCCUUCUCCAGCGGCGCGCAGAUCGUCUCCACCGACUUCCAGGCUUACGGCAUGAGCACCCGCUGGGAUGUCGACUACGCUGUCCGUCUCCCUGGCGGUGCUGCUGCCCGGUGCAACCCCGUCACUGCCGGCGAGGGCUGCCGGGAUGCGGCCCUCGAGCCGGUAGAGUAUGUUCGCAACUAA